UUCUCAGUAUAGUCUGAGUCACUGAUACUUUGCUGGGCUGAAAUACUCUUUCUGGUCUGCUUGCGUCAUGUUAAACCAGACCGUUUAUAAGAACAAACCUCUAAAAACAUACAAAGCUGGAUAUAUUGGAGGAAUUGAAAGCAUCCUCUAGUUGAUUUCGUCUUUGGAGGUGCUUCACUCUAAUUUCACUUUGCGACUGUUUUUCGUUUGCGCUCAGAAAAGCUGAUGUGUCGUCCAAUCAGCGGCUGUACAGCAGUAGGAACUAUGGAUAUAUUCUUCAGAGGAACCACAACAAGUUCCCCUAUAAAAACCAGGAAUACACAGGGACGUCAGCCAUCCUACAGUUUUGACCCAUCAUUCCUCUCUGAUACUUCUUAUGAGUGUUUCUCCACAAAUCCGGAAACAGGCUUGGUGCAUGUGUGCCGUCGAAGUCCACGCCUACUUGCAAAUGGGUACUAUGUACUGACAGAAGACAGUGUUGUUACUAACGACCAGGGUAACCUGACCCUCACGCCAACACAGACCACCAUUUCCUACAAAGAAAAUCUUGCUCGAAUUUUCCAUCGGAGGCGCAAAGGCAGAAGGUCUUUUGCCACACUCUUGAAUGAUGUGAGCCAGUCCUUGCUUACUGGAAGUAUUUUUGGUAGAGAUGGCAGACUGCCCUCUACUGAACUAUCAUCAUGUUUGGAUAUUAGCAACAGCAAUGAACGAGACACCUCUGUCUAUUUUACAUAUGAUCCGACAGAAAUGGUGCUUCUUAAAGACAAAGAAACACUUUUACCAGAGGUGGAGUCUCUCUCUGAAGACUGUUCUACCCCUGUUCUGCCUGCUCAGUCACUGUAUUGUCUGAUUGAUGUCACACCACAAUCUAAAUGUUACUGCACACCCACCAAUCCACCCUCAGAUGCCGUGUUUAGGAAAGCCUUCCUUGUCCUCUUCACACUGUGUCUCUGUGCAAACAUGCUUUCCAGAUAUGUGUGUGGAGGAAUUGCAGUAGCAGUGGCUUUCCUUUACCUGAUAUCAUCUGUAUGUGGCUCGAAGUCUGGAACAGCACGCACAAUUUGGACCAAGACUGAGGACAUCACAUCAAGAAAUAAGUGAUGAAGAAACACACAGUGUCUAACAGACACUUACACACACAGUCACAAAUAAGCAGAAGUGAAUCAUUGAAUCCACAUCUCAAGUAUGUGCAAAUGUGCAUCAUUAUGGCCAAAUGUAUUAGCUUUCUAAUUUCAGUGAUCACUUCUCUCUGUAUGCUGUCAAUUGUUCUGAAGAUUGAAUGGUUGCGCUCUCAAAGGAACAACAUAACCAGAAAAAUUUUACAUAUGAAUUCACUCUUCACUGUUCAAUAAUUCAAUCAUACACACUUUUCUGUUCUACAGCUCAAGAGUCUAUCCAUCGGGUCUUGAAGAGCACCUGACAGUAGUGUACAAUGAAGGAACGUGUAGCUAUGGAAUAGAAAAUGGAAGUUAAAAAAGACUAUAAUGAUAUUUGUGAUAUUUUUAUAUUAUCUGAGUAUAGGCCAGUAGUAGGGAACACCCACUCUGUGUUCCUUACUGUGUAAUACAGUGUUUGGUGUAUUUUACUUUGUGUAGUAAUAAUGAUGAUGUUUAUUAUUAUUAUUAUUAGUAGUAGUAGUAGUAGUAGUAGUAGUAGUAUUAAACAAUAACUAAAUAAUAAUAACUUAAUAAUAAUAACAAUUACAUAGCAAUAGAAAUGGUUUAGCUGCACCCAACAUGGCUUAUUAGAUCAGUGUUAUGAAUAUUAACACGUUCAAUUGAAUUGCAGUGUACUUUGGGUCAGAAAUAUACUGAUCAGUGCCUCUGUUGUGGUCAGCACAAACACUGACUUGAUUGGUAUUUAAUAAAGUUGGCAAUAAUCUAA